AUGAAAAAGAAGGCCCAGAUGGACAACAAAGCCCUAAACCCCCUCCAAUGCAAGCUAAUGAAAGAAGAAUUGAACCGGGUCGAACCUUUCGAAAAUGCAAAGGACCUUUGGGAUAAACUCGUCGAGUUACACAAAGAAACAAAUGAUGCAAAGGAAGAAGAUAAGGUGACUUGGGAUGAAGAAUCGGACGUUGAAAAUCAAAAGCAUCGCAACUACCUCAUAUUGAUGGCAACCAGAGCGAAAUCAGAAAGUGAGAAAGAACAAGAUGACAAAUCUUUGGAAUUGACAUGGAAACGCAAGAUACUUUGCCAUUGGUCUUGUUGGUUUUUGACAGACAAAGGUUCAUCUUCAAUGCUGCGGAGGGAAAUCAAAAUGAGGAGAAAUCUAAGAGAAACCGCAGCAACUCUCAUUCUUGCAUGUUUGACUCUCUUCUCCUUCAACACCGCCGCCAUGGUGCGAGGCCAAUUCAGCUACAAGGACGCCCUCACAAAGUCCAUACUCUUUCUCGACGCUCAGAGGUCAGGGAAGCUCCCGCCCGACUCUCGGAUUCCCUGGAGAGGCGACUCCGGCCUGGACGACGGAAAGCUCGGCAACGUGGACCUCGUCGGGGGGUUCUACGACGCAGGAGACAACGUCAAGUACGGACUGCCGAUGGCUUUCACCGUCACGACCUUGGCCUGGACUGCGCUCGCUUUCGGCCCGGAGCUCCGUGCCGCCGGAGAAAUGGAGAGUGUGCAGGACGCCAUACGCUGGGGAACGGAUUACUUCCUGAAAGCCAGUGCCAAGAAGAAUCAAUUAUGGGUUCAGGUGGGAGAUCCGGUGGCCGACCAUGACUGCUGGGUUCGGCCGGAGAACAUGAAGACUCCGAGAACGCUUUACAAGAUCGACGAGAAGACGCCGGGAACAGAGAUCGCGGCGGAGACCGCCGCCGCCAUGGCCGCCGCCUCCGUGGUGUUCAGGAAGCACAACCAUACUUACUCCAGAAGCCUUCUUAACAAAGCAAAGCUGCUAUAUGAAUUUGCUAGGAAUUACAAAGGGACCUACGAUGGGGAAUGCCCAUUCUACUGUUCUUUCUCUGGUUAUAAUGAUGAACUGCUGUGGGCAGCCUCGUGGCUCUACGUCGCCACCAAAAGCCCCAAAUACCGAAGCCACAUCAAAGAGGGCAUAUCCGCGAGCGUGGCCGAGUUCAGUUGGGACCUAAAGUACGCCGGCGCUCAAGUUCUCCUCACCGGCCUACACUUAACCGGACAGCUCGGGCUUAAUGACUUCAAAACGCAAGCCGAUAACUUCGUCUGUGCAGUGCUGCCUGACACUGCAUUUCGACAGAUCUACAUUUCUCCAGGAGGACUGAUUCAUCUACGAGAUGGAGCGAACACACAGUACGUGACCAGCACUGCCUUCUUACUCGACGUGUACGGUCGCAUCCUGAUGAAGAGCAACCAGACCGUGUCAUGUGGGACCCAACGAAUCGAACCCUGUCGGCUCGAGGAGUUCGCUAAGAGACUGAUGGACUAUUUGUUGGGGAGCAACCCGAGGGGGAGGUCUUACAUGGUCGGGUUCGGGAAGAACUCGCCGACGCAGGCGCACCACCGCGGGGCGUCGGUGCCGGUGAUGUCGGCGGAGGAGGGGAAGGCGGUCGCCUGCCCGAUGAGCUUCGUGAAGUGGUUCAACAAGGACCAGGCCAACCCGAAUGAGCUCACCGGGGCGAUCGUCGGCGGGCCGGAUCGGUACGAUAACUUCAACGACCAGCGGUGGGAGUCGUCCAUGCUGGAGCCCUGCACUUACAUCAACUCGCUCGCCAUCGGGCCGCUCGCAAGGCUCGCUGCUGUCGGUGGAUCUUGCAUGAGUUAG